AUGAGUGACGACUUGGAGCCCGGAGUAAUAGACGCCGAACUGUUGAGGCAUCUGGUUCUCAAGCAACGGCCGAAAGGGGAAGCUGGCAGAAUAAGCGGCCCGGUCAUUCUGGAAGAAGUGCUCGUCAUACGGCUGGAUGACCUCAAUAUCCUAAGAAUUGAUAAUCUGUGGAUGAUGACGUCCCUUGUGAAACUGCAUCUAGCACUGAAUAAAAUCCAGAAGAUAGAAAAUUUGGAUGCCCUGGUAAAUCUGAAAGAAUUGGAUUUAUCCUUCAACUACAUAGAAGUUAUAGAGAACUUGGAUAAUUUGACUAAGCUUGAAAUCUUCACCAUAUACAAUAACAGCAUUUCAAAGGUGGAGAAUAUGGACAGUUUAGUCAAUCUUAGGCUUUUCAGCAUUGGAAAAAACAAAUUAGCAGACUGGGACAAUAUUGUAUAUUUGAGACGCUUCUCCCUGUUGCGCACACUUAAUAUGGAUGGGAAUCCAUGUGCAGACAUAGAUGGCUUUGCUGAAUUUGUUUAUGCUUGUCUACCAAAACUGGUGUACUAUCAUUACCGUUAUAUUCACCCCCGUGAUAAGGAAUUAGCACGGGAGAAAUACAGUGAUACAAUUGUAGCACUUGAAAAGACUGAGGCAGAGGCACAGGUUCACAUUGAGCAGCAGAGAGAAGAAGAGCAAAAAUCAGAGCUAUAUUCUGCAGCAUUUGUUGAGCAACUAGACAGUGACCAGCUUUUCAACUCAUUGUAUGAAGGUGAUGAAGAGGGCAAGGCACUCUUGAAAAUAGGAGAUGAAGCAAUGGAACUCUAUAACAAAAUGAUGGGAAACUUCUUUGAAAAGAAAGCUCUAAUAUUCCUAGACUUAAAGCGAGUUAUGAAAGGCAUGGAAAGUUCCGAUAUUGAUGUACAGAGUCAUUAUGAUCAGUUAGACAUUACUGCAGUUGAGUUCCACAAUUUAUGUGAAACAACUGAGACAGAAUUGAUGGCUGCUGAGUUAAUUCUGAAUAACCAACUGGAGAAAACAAAUGCUGCUUUUGAGAGAAACUUAAUUGAACUUGUCUCCACAUUUAUUAAGGAUGCUCAAGCUAUAUUUGUUGAAUGUCGUAAUUCACAGCAAAUAUUCAAUGAACAGUUGUCAGACUGUGCAAAUCGCUACCUCAGCAAUGUUAUCACAAAGGCGGAUGACCCAAAGCUUCGUAUACCCUGUGAACUGCAACAGAUAAUGACUGACAAAGAGGCACUGAACAAAGCAACAGGUGGCUCACACGAUUAUCACACACAAAUAAUUAAUGGCCGUGAAGAUGUACUCGUCAAGAAAGCAAAGAAAUGGGCCAGCGAUACAUGUGCAGAUAUACACAGGGAAGUACAUAUUACAAAUAACUUUAUUUGUGAAUAA